AUGACACGAGAUGGCCCGUCGGAGCAUCGUAUGCAACCCUUACAUCUUCACUCUACCUGCGACGGCUCACUAACUGAAUGCGCGGAUGCAGUAGCACCUCGAUGGGAGCAUAUCCCACUCUCUAUUCUCCGCGCCGAACUCGAGCGACGACAAGCUGCAGAGCCGACUGAACGACCGGCGUGCGGCUCUGGUGCGAAGAGCCGGAACUACAAUGUCGGCAUCCACGUCUUCGCCCUCAUCUUGAUCCUCACUCUCUCCACUCUCGCCUGCUCCUUUCCUCUGAUCGUACGCCGAUUUCCUAAACUGCAUGUGCCGAACCAUGCACUCUUCCUCAGUCGCCAUUUCGGGACAGGCGUGCUCAUCGCGACCGCAUUCGUCCACCUCUUCCCGACCGCAUAUACGAACCUGCUGGACCCAUGUCUGCCUCGAUUUUGGACAGAUGUGUAUCCGGCAAUGCCGGGCUUCAUUGCGAUGAUCAGUGUCAUGGUCACAGUGGGGAUCGAGAUGUUUUUCGCGACAAAAGGAGCAGGACACAGUCAUCAUGUAGAUUUCACGCAGUUGAGAGGAGAUGGUGAGGCUGGAGAGAGCUCAAGACCGGCAGCGCCAAGGAGGAGUGAGAGUUUCAAUUCGUUCCGACAGGUGCCCGUUCAAACAGAAGAUGAAGGUGAUGUUGCCAUUGGAAACCAGAAGAGUCCAUAUCAAGACUCACCAGCCAGUCCGAGCAGUUCGCUUAACAAGCCUCUGCCACCGGAGCCGGAUGGAGAUGAUUCUGAUCUAGAGCUGGAUGAGCUAGAUCCUGCCGCGGAUGAUACGCAGCCUUUGACUCGCUACACACCCUCACACGACGAAGAUGAGGAAGAAGAAGCAGAUGGGCAAUUGAACGGCCACACUCGGCUCGCAAAGCAUACGCGCAAGGUUUCCUGGGCCGAUCAGGGCCAAGAAACCGAUCAAACUCAUUCCGCUGCUAUGGAACAGCGUUUGAUUUUGCAAUGCCUGAUGCUCGAAGCCGGCAUCCUCUUUCACUCCGUCUUCAUCGGCUUGGCCGUCUCAGUCAGCACCGGAAGCGCUUUCGUUGUACUUCUCAUAGCCAUCUCGUUCCACCAGACAUUCGAGGGCUUGGCGCUCGGAUCGAGAAUUGCUUCAAUAUCUACCUUCGCCAAUGCAGGCUCAGUCCGUCCUUGGUUGAUGUGCUUGAUGUACGGCAUUACAACGCCCAUUGGGCAAGCCAUUGGUCUAGGUGUGCAAGGACUUUACGAUCCAGAGAGCCAGUUCGGACUAUUGAUGGUAGGCAUCAUGAAUGCCAUUUCUAGCGGAUUGUUACUUUAUGCUGGGCUGGUACAGCUCUUGGCCGAAGACUUCCUGUCAGACCAAAGCUAUCAGGAGUUACGGGGCAAGCGGCGAUUACAGGCUUGCGCUGCGGUGGUAGCCGGCGCGCUGCUGAUGGCAUUAACUGGCGUUUGGGCUUAG